CCGAAAGAAAAAAACUUUUCUUCGCAAACUGUUACGUAAUCAAAAGGGAUUCGAAAUCGGCGCCAUUUUGAAAGUGAUAAAACAAUGAAUCGAAUACUUCACAUCCAAUGCGACUGCGCCUUCAAUUUACAUAAUUUUUAGAACAACAACGCUUUUCAUUCAUAACUAUUGUUCGCUGACAUUCAUUCAUAAAAAGGAGGACUUUUGAUUGCACGUAAACUGUAUACUCAUUCAUGCGCACUUUAUCAAUGAACUGUGAAGCAACGAAUAAAGUUCUCCGUCUACACUACCGACAUUACUGAAGAGGAUAUAGCAGAAGCGCGUAAUCACUGCAAAUUAAAGAGAUAUGGACGCCGAUGUGGUCGAUACCCGAUUUGAUUUUAUGGGAUCAUUUGUCCAAAAAACUUUAAAAUUAAAACCAGAGAAAUGGCAACGCCUCACCACAGUCGAAGAGCACAAAAGCGUGUUAAAGGAGUUCCUUGAUCGACCGCUGCCGGUGGUUUUAAUUAUUGUCCUAACUCAAUCAGCACAAUUGAUUCCAUGCACCAGCUUUCCGCUAACACAGCUAAAGAGCAAAGGUGUCUACUUCAUCAAAAAGCACCAACAACCGGUGCCCAAGGACAACUGUAAGACGGCAUUAAUUGUUGGCGAUUUGGCUACACGAUCUAUCGACCAGUUGUCUUGUUUGGUUGAUGAAGUUUUUGUGCCGUUAUUGUCGAAUGAGGAAAAUCAUGAUGGAUGGCCAGAAAUGGUCGCCCAGGAUGUAAAGAAACAUGUGCACAAUUUGAAGAGCACUGUGUACCAGGUCAAAGGUCAAGUGAAUGGCCAAACAAUAUUAGCGAUGCCCGUGGGUGUUGAGAAAAUUGUCAAAUGUGCAAAAGAACUGGAAGAAACUGGAUCGUGCGAUAUUGAUUUGUAUCUGAAAGGGGCAAUCGAAGGUGUGGUCAUCAAAUGGGCAACGCAAAUUAACGAUGUAAUGAUUGAAAGUCCAUCGAAUGCUUUCAAGAACGGUCAGAAUCCGGUACCGACGAUUGAAUUGAAUUUCUGGAACAAUCGACUGAAGAAUCUGACUCAAAUUUACGAACAACUAAAGAGCGAGAAGAUUCAUUCGAUGGCAAUUAUUCUAGAGUCAACGGACAGUGCGUAUUUUCCGUGCUUUCGGACAAUGUUCAAGAAUGUUGUCACCGCCCUUGCUGAGGCCAAGGAUAUUACCAUUUACUUGAACCCACUGCAGAAGCACUUUACACAGUUCGAGGAGAUGGACUUUGCUGAGUCUAAAAUUUUACUCAAACCAUUGAUGCAUGUUGUGUGUAUGGUUUGGGCGAAUUCGAGAUACUAUUGCCAGUCGUCGAAGCUUAUUGUGCUCCUUCGACAAAUUUGUAAUUUGUUGAUCCAACAGGCAAAAAGGUUUCUCGACCCCUCCAGCAUCUUCCAUACAGACAUCGACGAAGCAAUGCAACGGCUCACACUGUCGCUACAGAUUUUAAAGCAUUUUCGCUGUCUUUUCGAUGAGUACAAAGAAAGUUUGGAUCCAUUUUUCACAGAAGAACACCGUCCACCCAUCUACUGGACAUUUCACCCGAAUGCUGUCUUCGAACGGCUCAACUCAUUUCUGGACCGGCUGAAUACAAUUCAGUGGUUCUUCUGCACAGUGACGGAAUUCUUGAAAUUGGAAAAGGUUGAAAUUGGUGGGCUGAAGGGUCGUCAACUUAGCACACGCAUCACAUCCAUUUAUUUGGAGUUUAACCAAUACUUUGCAGCGUUUGCGUCGAAAAAUUAUGAUGUACUUGAUCCGGACGAUCCAACAUUCAAUUUGGAUUUUGCCGAUUUUCAAGAACGCAUCCUGGAAUUGGACAUGAAACUGGCUGCCAUUCUGUGUCAGGCUUUUGACGAUUGUUACAAUUUGGAAUCGGUUUUCAAAUUGAUCAGCAUCGUGGGCAGUGUUCUGGAUCGGCCCAAGAUCAAGGCCGAAUUCACCAACAAAUAUUCCGACAUACUGAUGAUGUUGGAUGAUGAGAUUACCGAAUGUGAGCAGAUUUAUGCGAAACAAAUGGAAUUCAAACGGGUUAAUGGUUAUUUGUUCGGCGAUCGAAGCUUUCCGCCUGUCUCGUUAGCCUUGCGCUGGGUAAAACAAUUGGGUGCUCGUGUCAGUGCACCGAUCAAAAAUUUUCAGGCACUUCAGCAUCCGAUCACUAAAUCGAAUAUGGCCAUCGAACUCAAUGAACGAUACGAAAUUUUGAUGAAAUCGUUGGGACUGUUUGAGGAACAGGUGUUUAACGAGUGGAAAGUCAAGGUCCCGCAACAAAUUGAAGAUAAUUUGAAAAAUUCGUUGAUCACACGGAAUAAGAGCAACAAUUUGCUGGUGCUGAAUUUCCACUUGGAAUUGUAUGCCAUACUUAGAGAGGUCCAUCAUAUGAUGCUAAUGGAAAAGGAAGGCAUACCAGACGAAGGCUUAGAGUUUGCCCAACGAAAUGACCUGUUCAGGGGAUUCACUCUGAAUCUAGAGAAAACGAUCGAUUGGUACAAUCGAAUCGUUCAGAAAAGUACGAAGGUUGAGCUGGAGCUUAUCAACAGUGAAAUCGAAGCAAUCGACCUUUCUCUGGAAGAAGGCAUCAACAAUCUAACAUGGAAUUCAGAUAACAUCAAUGAUUACCUAAUGAAGAUACGAAAGCCUGUAGAAACUCUGCAGGAUCGUAUGAAUAGGACGCAGACAAAUUUGGCGGAGAUACGUAAAGUGAUUUCAUGUUGGGUGAAGGCUCCAUUGUUUGAGCGUAAAGAUUCCAAAAAAGAUGCGGUUCUUUGCAUAGACGAAAGGUACGACCGAAUCACCAAACGUUAUGCGGACAUUGAGGAAGCAUCGAAAGUCGUUCACAGAUUGCUGAACGAAAAUCUCAAACAAUUCGGAAUGGAAUCGAAUCAAGAAUCGAAAAUCUGGCAAGAUUAUGUCCUCUUCGUUGAUGACAUUGUGUACGAAAGUAUUUUACUGACCGUUGGAGUUAGUUUAGGAUAUGUGGCCGAGCAAAUGGAUCCUUCGAAUAAUUACGCUCCACUAUUCGAAUCUCGAUUGGAAUUGCUAGAACCGGACCUAAUAUUUGUCCCAUCACUGGAUCCGAAUGACCCGAAAGGAUUCAAUCAUCUACUUGCUGAACUGAUUGACGACAUAAUGAAAAUGUCGUCGUUGGUGUUGCGAUUGAAAUCCGAUUCAAAGCAAACGUACGAAGAGUUGAUCGCCAGCAAUAAAGACAUGAAAGACAUGAAACAAGAAAUACUCGAAGGUGUCGAUAAGGUGGUUCAAGAAGCAGCCGACUUUUGUCGUGGUUUCGAACGAUACUCGUAUUUGUGGUACGAAGAUCGUGUUUUUUCGAUGGAUAUGUUUCUGCAGUACGGUCGACUGUUGGAACCCGACGAAAUUGAGCUGGUACUAACGAAAGAUCCAGCUGCUCCGGCGACCAGUCAACCGACAAUCGAAGCCUUCCGGGAACAGAUCGACAAUUACGAGUCGCUGUUCAACGAAAUUGAAAACAUUGACGCGUUUCAAAUAUUCAACGCAUGGUUCCAGGUGGAUGUUCGGCCGUUUCGACAAGCUCUGUUGAAUAUUGUUCGAAAAUGGGGAAAUAUGUUCAAAUGUCAUUUGGUGGACCGUGUGACUAGCAAUUUGUGCGAUUUGGCGAAUUUCAUUCGAAAAGCUGACGAAGGUCUUCUGCAGACUGUCGUCGAAGGUGACUAUGAGGGGCUUGUUAACAUAAUGGCAUUCCUGAUGCACGUGAAGGAACGAGCUUUGACUACAGACGAAAUGUUCGAACCGAUGCAAGAGACCAUUGACCUGCUAAAAUAUUACGACAUGGACAUACCGGAGGAAGUGAAUGUUUUACUGCAAGAAUUACCAGAACAGUGGGCGAACACCAAGAAAAUAGCUCAAACUGUUAAGCAACAAGUGGCACCGUUACAGGCAACAGAAGUGGUUGCAGUUCGAACGAAAAUCUCAACAUUUGAUGGUCAUGUCGGUUUCUUCCGGGAUGUGUUUAAAAGCUACGCAUUUUUCAGAUACGAUGCUUCUGAUCCGUUCGGAUUGAUGGAUCGUAUCAACGCCGAUUUAACUCGCCUUGAAUGCGUGAUGAAAGACAUCCAAAGUUCGGGCAGCUUGUUUGAGGUGAAUGUGCCCGAAUUUAAAUUAUUGAAACAGUGCAGGAAGGAACUGCGAAUGUUGAAGCAACUGUGGGACUACGUCUUUUUGGUGCGUACAAGCAUCGAAGAUUGGAAAACUACGCCAUGGAGGAAAAUCGAUGUUGAGAAUAUGGACAUUGAGUGUAAGAAAUUUGCCAAAGAUGUUCGACUGUUGGAUAAGGAAAUGCGACCGUGGGACACGUACAUAAUGCUAGAGGCGACCGUCAAGAAUAUGCUAACUUCUUUGCGUGCAGUCGGCGAAUUGCAGAAUCCGGCGAUUCGUGAACGCCAUUGGAUUCAGUUGAUGGCUUCAACGAAAAAAUUAGCAGAACUAUCCAAAACGAUUACAGUUGAAUUCAUCAUGGACAAGGAUACAACAUUGGCCGAGCUGUUAGCACUCAAUCUACACGAGUGCGAAGAGGAAGUGAAAAAUAUUGUUGACAAAGCCGUUAAAGAAAUGUCAAUGGAGAAGAUCUUGCGAGAUUUGCACACCACAUGGUCAGCAAUGGAAUUCGACCAUGAAAUUCAUUCUCGCACCGGAUCAAGCUUACUGAAAGCAUCGGAAGAGCUCAUCGAGACGCUGGAAGAUAACCAGGUCUGUCUGCAAAAUCUUAUAACUUCCAAGUUCAUUGCACAUUUCCUGGAGGAAGUGUCCAGUUGGCAGAAGAAGCUAAUGAUCGCCGAUCAAGUUAUUACCGUUUGGUUUGAAGUGCAGCGUACGUGGACGCAUUUGGAGAGCAUUUUCAUGAGCUCCGAAGACAUUCGAAAACAGUUGCCUGUUGAUUCGGAACGUUUUGACGGCAUUGAUACGGAAUUUAAAAUUCUCAUGGAAGAAAUGUCCAAGUCAUCGAAUGUUGUCCAGUCAACCAAUAAGGAGGGUCUCUUCGAGCGACUGGAAACGCUGCAGAAAGAGCUGACCCUGUGCGAAAAAGCUUUGGCCGAAUAUUUGGAAACGAAGCGUUUAGCCUUCCCACGAUUCUAUUUCGUAUCAUCUGCCGAUCUGUUGGAUAUUCUCAGUAAUGGAACAGAGCCAACGUUCGUCUGUAAGCAUUUAACGAAAUUGUUCGAUUCAAUUGCAAAAUUGAACUUUGUGAAGAGUGCUGAGGGAAAAAUUGAAAAAUGUGCACUGGGUAUGAUAGCAAAAGAUGGAGAAUAUGUCGAGUUCAAUGAGAGCGCUGACUGUAAUGGGGCGGUGGAAGUGUGGCUGAACAGAGUUCAAGAUCGGAUGAGAUCUAGUUUGCGACUAUAUAUGGGGGAUGCGGUGGUGGCCUAUGAAGAAAAACCACGCGAGCAGUGGCUUUUUGAUUAUCCUGCCCAAGUUUCGCUGUGCGGUACGCAGAUUUGGUGGACAACUGAAGUCAACAUUGCAUUCAGUAGAUUGGAAGAGGGUUACGAUAACGCAAUCAAAGACUACUAUAAGAAACAAGUCUACCAGCUGAGUGUGCUGAUUUCUCUUCUACUCGGCGAACUAACAAAAGGUGAUCGUCAAAAGAUCAUGACCAUUUGCACAAUCGAUGUGCACUCUCGAGAUGUUGUCAACAAAUUCAUUCAGUCCAAACUGGAAACGGCAUCAGCAUUCCAAUGGCAAUCACAGUUAAGACAUCGCUGGGAUGACCAGGAAAACGAUUGCUUUGCAAACAUUUGCGAUGCUCAAUUUCUGUACAGUCAUGAGUAUCUGGGUAAUACGCCAAGAUUGGUCAUUACACCCUUGACAGAUCGAUGUUACAUUACGUUAACGCAGUCGUUGCAUUUGGUAAUGGGUGGAGGACCAGCAGGUCCAGCAGGAACUGGUAAAACGGAAACCACAAAAGAUUUGGGGAGAGCUCUUGGUAUUAUGGUUUAUGUAUUCAAUUGCUCCGAACAGAUGGAUUACAAGUCAUGCGGUAACAUCUACAAAGGUCUGGCUCAAACGGGAGCAUGGGGAUGUUUUGACGAAUUCAAUCGGAUUUCGGUGGAAGUCCUUUCAGUCGUUGCUGUUCAAGUGAAAUCCGUCCAAGAUGCAAUCAGAGACAAAAAAUCCAUUUUCAAUUUCAUGGGGGAAAUGAUAACAUGCGUCCCAUCGGUCGGAAUUUUCAUUACAAUGAAUCCAGGCUACGCGGGACGGACAGAAUUACCCGAAAAUUUGAAAGCACUUUUCCGACCAUGUGCUAUGGUUGUACCAGACUUUGAAUUGAUUUGCGAAAUUAUGUUGGUGGCAGAAGGGUUCCAGGAUGCACGAGUCUUGGCGAGGAAAUUCAUUACUUUGUACACUUUGUGCAAAGAAUUGCUGAGCAAACAGGAUCAUUAUGAUUGGGGUCUGAGAGCUAUCAAAUCUGUAUUGGUUGUAGCCGGUUCAUUGAAACGAGGAGAUCCAGGUCGGCCCGAAGAGGAAGUACUGAUGAGAGCGUUACGAGAUUUCAAUAUACCAAAAAUUGUGACUGACGAUAUGCCGGUGUUCAUGGGACUGAUAAGCGAUCUGUUUCCAGCAUUAGAUGUGCCCCGAAAACGAGAUCAGGACUUUGAGAAAACGGUGAAACAAGCAGCAACCGAUUUGCUACUGCAGCCCGAAGACAAUUUCAUUCUGAAAGUCGUACAACUGGAAGAAUUGCUGGAAGUCAGGCACUCUGUGUUUAUUGUUGGUAAUUCAGGGACUGGUAAGACUCAAGUGUGGAAAACGCUAUUUCGAACGUAUCAGAACAUCAAAAAGAAGCCGGUGUUCAACGAUCUCAAUCCAAAGGCUGUAACGAACGACGAACUUUUCGGUAUAAUCAAUCCAGCGACUAGGGAAUGGAAGGACGGUCUAUUUUCUGUUAUAAUGAGAGACCAAGCAAAUUUGCCGGGUGACAAUCCCAAAUGGAUUAUUUUGGAUGGUGACAUUGACCCCAUGUGGAUCGAGAGUUUGAACACCGUCAUGGACGAUAACAAAGUAUUGACUUUGGCCAGUAAUGAACGCAUAGCAUUAAGUCCUACAAUGCGCCUUCUAUUCGAAAUAUCGAAUCUUCGAACGGCCACGCCAGCAACGGUAUCUCGCGCUGGAAUAUUGUACAUAAAUCCUCAAGAUCUCGGCUGGAAUCCAUACGUUUCAAGUUGGAUUGAAACGCGAAAAAUUCCAUCGGAAAAAUCGAAUCUUGUUAUCCUAUUCGACAAAUACAUUCCGCCGUGUCUGGACAACAUACGAACGAGGUUCAAGAAAAUAACUCCCCUUGUUGAAAUGGCUCACGUUCAGAUGUUGUGCCAUUUACUGGAGUGUCUACUGAUACCAGCAAACACUCCCAACGAUUGCCCUAAGGAGGUGCAUGAAUUGUAUUUCGUGUUUUCGUGUGUAUGGGCAUUCGGUUCAGCAAUGUUUCAAGACACAGCCAUUGAUUAUCGUGUUGAGUUCAGUAAAUGGUGGGUCAACGAAUUUAAAUCGGUGAAAUUCCCAGCUGGUGGACUGGUCUUCGACUAUUUCAUCGACACGGAGACGAAACAAUUUGUGACUUGGGCGGAAAAAGUUCCAAAGUUUGAGUUGGACUCAGACCUUCCCCUUCAAGCCGUUUUGGUUCACACCUCUGAAUCCAUUCGAAUAAGAUAUUUCCUGGAUUUGUUAAUGGCUAAGAAACAUCCAGUGAUGCUUGUGGGUAACGCUGGUUGCGGAAAAACAGUUUUGGUGAACGAAAGACUUCAAGGUCUGUCAGAGAACUUUGCGGUGACCAAUGUUCCGUUCAAUUUUUACACAACAUCCGAAAUGUUGCAAAAGAUCCUGGAGAAACCUCUGGAAAAGAAGGCGGGACGCAAUUAUGGUCCGCCUGGAAACAAAACCAUGAUUUACUUCAUCGACGACAUGAACAUGCCAGAAGUGGAUACCUACGGUACGGUACAACCUCACACAUUGAUACGACAACAUCUUGAUUACGGUCACUGGUACGACCGAAAUCGUUUAACACUCAAGGACAUCAAUCAUUGUCAAUACGUUGCCUGCAUGAAUCCCACAUCUGGAAGCUUUACGAUCAAUCCUCGCCUUCAGAGACAUUUCAGUGUGUUCGCCGUCAGUUUUCCAUCGGCCGAUUCGCUGAUGACAAUCUAUCACUCCAUAUUGUCGCAGCACUUUGUGAAUGCUGAGCAACGAUUCAAUAUUUGCAUUACUAAACUGGCACCGAAUAUUGUCACCGCAUCACUGGCCAUACACAAUAAAGCGGCGCAAAUAUUUCUACCAACUGCCGUUAAGUUCCACUACAUUUUCAACUUGCGUGACCUCAGCAAUGUAUUCCAGGGACUUCUAUUUAGUACAAACGAAUGUCUGAACUGUCCCACCGACAUGAUACGAAUUUGGUUACACGAAUGCCAGCGAGUCUAUGGCGAUAAAUUGACUGACGACAAGGACAUCGAUAGUUUUACCAAAAUGCAAACGGACAUUGUGAAGAAAUCCUUCGAAGAAAUCGACGAGUCGAUUGUCUUUGAUAAGCCGAACAUUUUCUGUCACUUUGCUGGUGGUAUCGGUGAGCCCAAAUACAUGCCCAUCAAGGAUUGGGGAGCUUUGACGAAACUGCUGGCAGAAGCACAAAAUUCAUACAAUGACUUGGUGGCUGCAAUGAGUUUGGUAUUGUUCGAGGAUGCUAUGCAGCAUGUGUGUAGAAUCAAUCGAAUUCUUGAAUCACCUCGUGGAAGUGCUUUACUUGUUGGUGUUGGUGGUAGUGGAAAACAGUCUCUAGCUCGUCUGGCUGCAUUCAUUUCCAGUUUAGAGGUGUCACAAAUUCAAAUGAAAAAGGGCUACGGCAUACCGGAUCUUAAAAUGGAACUUUCGUCGCUGUAUCUGAAGUCUGGUCUGAAAAAUGUCGGCAUAAUGUUUCUGAUGACCGAUGCACAGAUUCCCAACGAACAGUUUCUCGUACUUAUAAACGACAUGCUGGCAUCGGGAGAAAUUCCCGAUCUAUUUCCCGACGACGAGGUUGAAAACAUUAUUGCCGGAGUGCGAAACGAAGUGAAAGGAGCCGGUCUUGCUGAUACGCGAGAAAAUUGCUGGAAAUUCUUCAUAGAUCGCGUUCGGAAGCAAUUGAAGGUUGUCCUAUGCUUCUCGCCGGUUGGUUCGACGCUCCGAGUAAGAUCGAGAAAAUUUCCGGCCAUUAUCAACUGUACCUCAAUCAAUUGGUUCCACGAGUGGCCACAAGAGGCGCUUAUGUCGGUUUCAUUAAAUUUCCUGAGAGAUUCGGAUCUACCGAACGAGUACAAAGAUUCGGUAGCUAAAUUCAUGGCGUACGUGCACACAUCGGUGAACACAACGUCUAAGACGUAUCUGCAAAAUGAGCGACGUUACAAUUACACCACUCCCAAGUCUUAUCUCGAACAAAUCAGUCUCUACUCGAAAUUGUUGAAUCAAAAAAUUGUGGAAUUGAAAGGGAAGGUAGAGCGGCUGGAAAAUGGAUUGGAAAAGUUACGUAGUACAGCCGAACAGGUUGCUGAAUUGAAAAAGACAUUGGCUGUGCAGGAAAUUGAGUUGAAAGAGAAAAAUGAUGCUGCCGAUGCUCUAAUUGCCAUAGUUGGUAUUGAAACGGAAAAGGUGCAGAUAGAGAAGGCAUUGGCUGAUGAGGAGGAGGAAAAGGUUGGAUUCAUUGCAGAAGAGGUGUCCAAAAAACAAAAGGAUUGCGAAGAAGAUUUGGUUAAAGCCGAACCGGCGUUACUAGCCGCUCAGGAAGCUUUGAAUACAUUGAAUAAAAACAAUUUGACCGAAUUGAAGUCGUUCGGAUCUCCUCCAGGUGCUGUUACGAAUGUAACAUCGGCUGUAAUGGUUCUGAUGGCGCCUAACGGUAAAAUUCCAAAGGACAGAAGUUGGAAGGCAGCGAAGCUCGUUAUGGCUAAGGUUGACGCCUUCCUGGAAGCGUUAAUCAACUAUGACAAGGAGAAUAUCCAUCCCGAAGUAAUUAAGGCCAUCCAGCCGUACUUGAAAGAUUCUGAGUUUGAACCGGACUUUAUCCGAUCGAAAUCUGCGGCUGCAGCUGGCCUCUGUGCGUGGGUAAUAAAUAUCAUCAAAUUUUAUGAAGUGUUCUGCGACGUCGAACCGAAGCGGAAAGCUCUGGCACAAGCUAACGCUGAUCUAGCAUCAGCUCAAGACAAAUUGGCCGUAAUCAAACGGAAAGUUGCGUCACUUGAAGAGAUGCUGGCCAAACUGACCGCUGACUUUGAGAAGGCCACAGCAGACAAGCUGCGAUGUCAGAAAGAAGCUGAUGCAACUCAAGCUACGAUCCAAUUAGCUAAUCGUUUGGUGGGAGGACUUGCAAGUGAAAAUGUUCGAUGGGCUGAGGCUGUAUCUGAGUUUAUGGCUCAAGGUACGACUCUGCCAGGAGAUACUCUUAUCAUCACUGCAUUCAUUUCGUAUGUGGGAUGCUUUACCAAGCAAUUCAGGUUAGACCUACUGAACAAAUUAUGGCUUCCAUAUCUACGAGCCUUAGAGCCACCGAUUCCAAUUACUGAAGGACUAGAUUCGUUGACAUUGCUAACUGAUGAUACAACGAUUGCGCUGUGGCAAAAUGAAGGGCUGCCUAGCGAUCGAAUGUCGAUAGAAAACGCAACAAUCCUGUCCAAUUCAGACCGAUGGCCGCUGAUGAUCGAUCCACAGUUGCAGGGUGUCAAGUGGAUCAAGCAAAAAUAUGGCGAUGAACUGAAAGUGAUACGUUUGGGUCAGAAGGGUUAUUUGGAUGUGAUCGAACAGGCGCUGAGCAAGGGUCAAACGGUUUUGAUUGAGAAUAUUGGCGAAAAUCUUGAUCCGGUUCUCGAUCCAUUGAUUGGUAGAAAUCUGAUAAAGAAGGGAAAAGCUAUUAAAAUUGGAGACAAGGAAGUGGAGUACAACUCGAAUUUUCGACUUAUUUUGCAUACGAAGCUAGCCAAUCCUCACUACAAACCGGAAAUGCAAGCCCAGACUACACUGAUCAAUUUCACGGUUACAAGAGAUGGAUUGGAAGAUCAACUGUUAGCGGAGGUUGUUAAAGCCGAACGUCCAGAUUUGGAAGAGUUGAAGGCUGACCUGACUAAACAACAAAACGAUUUCAAAAUUAUGCUGAAAGGAUUAGAAGACGAUCUUCUAUCGCGACUCUCUUCCGCCGGUGGAAAUAUUUUAGGGGACACUGCCCUAGUUGAGAAUUUAGAAACGACCAAAAAAACAGCAGCUGAAAUUGAAGAGAAGGUUGCCGAAGCGAAAAUAACUUCUCAAGAAAUCGAUGUGGCAAGAGAAUACUAUCGUCCGGCUGCUGCCAGAGCCAGUUUGCUUUAUUUCAUCUUGAAUGAUCUGAACACAAUCAAUCCGAUCUACCAGUUUUCUUUGAAGGCCUUCAGUGUCGUUUUUAACAAGGCCAUAGCAAAAGCAGAACCCGCUGAAGAAGUUGCAGCACGAGUGUCAAAUUUAAUCGACUGCAUUUCAUUUUCCGUUUAUCAGUACACAACAAGGGGCUUGUUUGAAUGCGACAAAUUAAUAUUCGCCUGCCAAAUGGCCUUUCAGAUUUUGUUGAUGAGCGAAGAGAUUUCAACGGCUGAACUGGACUUCCUUCUACGUUUUCCCAUCAAACCGCAUGUUACUAGUCCCGUUGACUUUCUCACAAACACUUCGUGGGGUGGAAUUUGCAGUUUAUCGGCGAAAGACGAAUUCCGUAAUCUUGAUCGGGACAUCGAAACAUCGUCGAAGCGUUGGAAAAAACUCAUCGAGUCCGAGUGUCCCGAAAAGGAGAAAUUUCCGCAAGAAUGGAAAAAUAAAACUCCGCUCCAAAGGUUGUGCAUGAUGAGAGCUCUCCGACCCGAUCGGAUGACAUAUGCCGUGGCGAAUUUUAUUGAAGAGAAACUUGGACCAAAGUAUGUCGAAAACCGAACCAUGGAAUUCGCCAAGUCGUUCGAAGAAACCAGCCCAUCGACACCGAUAUUCUUCAUUUUAUCACCGGGUGUCAAUCCACUGAAAGAUGUCGAACAAUUGGGAGUCAAAAUGGGCUACACAUUGGACAAAGGCAAUUUCUACAAUGUGUCUUUGGGUCAAGGUCAAGAAACCGUGGCCGAAGCAGCUAUGGAUCAAGCUGCAAAGAAAGGUCAUUGGGUGGUUCUGCAGAACAUUCACUUGGUGAAGAAAUGGCUGCCCGAGUUGGAAAAGAAAAUGGAAUUUUAUGCGGACGGUUCACAUCCGGAAUAUCGAAUUUUCGUUUCGGCAGAACCGGCUGCAACAGCAUCGGCUCAUAUUAUUCCGCAGGGAAUAUUGGAAUCAUCCAUUAAGAUUACCAAUGAACCACCCACCGGAAUGAUGGCCAAUUUGCACAAAGCUUUGGAUAAUUUCACACAAGAGACACUGGAAAUGUCCGGGAAGGAAGCGGAAUUUAAAGUCAUUUUGUUUGCAUUGUGCUAUUUCCAUGCUGUCGUCGCUGAGAGAAGAAAAUUCGGUCCGCAAGGAUGGAACAAAAUCUAUCCGUUUAACGUUGGUGAUCUGAACAUCAGCGUAUCGGUUCUAUUCAACUAUCUGGAAGCCAAUUCCAAAGUUCCAUGGGAAGAUCUUAGAUAUUUGUUUGGUGAAAUAAUGUACGGCGGACACAUCACAGAUGAUUGGGACAGACGACUGUGCAUCUCAUAUUUGGAAGAAUACAUGCAGGCUGAUUUAGUCGAUGGAGAACUACAACUUGCUCCAGGAUUUCCUGCUCCUGCUAACACCGAUUAUCUGGGGUAUCACAACUACAUCGACGAAAUGAUGCCGCCUGAGACCCCGUACCUAUAUGGUCUCCAUCCAAACGCCGAAAUUGGUUUUUUGACUACCACCAGCGAAAGUCUGUUCAGAACCGUUUUUGAAAUGCAACCACGUGAUGCCGCAUCGGGAAGCGGUGCCACCGUGACCAGGGAAGAUAAAGUGAAGCAAAUUUUGGACGAGAUUAUUGAAAAAUUGCCGGAAGAAUUUUCAAUGACGGAAAUUAUGAAUAAGGUGGAAGAGCGGACACCGUACGUGAUCGUUGCGUUCCAGGAAUGCGAACGAAUGAACUAUUUAACCGGCGAAAUGAAGCGCAGUUUAAAAGAAUUGGAUCUUGGUUUGAAGGGUGAACUGACAAUCACAUCCGACAUGGAAGUACUGGAAAAUUCGCUAUUCUUAGAUCAAGUACCGCCCAUUUGGACAGCUAGAGCAUAUCCGUCUCUGCUCGGUCUCACUUCCUGGUUCGUUGAUCUGCUGAUGCGAUUACGUGAACUCGAGACGUGGUCAACUGACUUUGUGCUUCCGUCGGUUGUUUGGUUGGCUGGAUUCUUCAAUCCACAAUCCCUGUUAACUGCGAUUAUGCAGAGUACGGCCCGGAAAAAUGAAUUGCCUUUAGACAAAAUGUGUCUGGUAUGUGAUGUGACGAAGAAGCAGAAGGAAGAUUUUACAACUGCGCCUAGAGAGGGAGCCUACAUACACGGCUUGUUUAUGGAAGGAGCAAGAUGGGACGUACAGUCCGGAAUCAUCACCGAGUCUAGACUUAAGGAAUUGUUUCCAUCGAUGCCAGUAAUUAAUGUUAGGGCGAUCACACAAGACAAGCAAGAUUUACGGAACAUGUACGAGUGUCCCGUGUACAAAACCAGGACUCGUGGUCCUACUUAUGUGUGGACAUUCAAUUUGAAAACUAAAGAUAAGCCAGCAAAGUGGACAUUAGCUGGGGUGGCAUUGUUAUUGCAAGUUUAAAAUUUCAAUUAUUUCAAUCAAUUAGACUUUUUCCGCAGCCAGUUGCAAACAUUCUUGGCGAAGCAAAAAAUCUCAUAUUUACUGGUUGGUGCGAUCUGCUCUCACAGAAUGUACCGAAUAAAAUCAGAAUUUAUGGCAAAUAUAUCAAAGAGCGCUUAGUAUG